AUGAAUCCUCCAACGGCCCUCGGCGCGAUCCUCGUCCGCGCCGCCCCUCGCGCGCGCGCGUACUCGUCCUUCCGGACCCGCCCUGCGCCCCCUGCGCUCCCCGCCUCGCAGCAGGCCGAGUUUGAGCGUCUGCAACGCGACGCCGCCGUCUCGUCCGCCUUCCGACCCGACAACGACGACGGCAGCGGUGCCGCCGACCCGGCGUCCGCUCGGGCCCAGUCCCAGGCGCAGGCAAAUACCCCCGCGGAAAAGGAGGGCGUCAACCCGGCCCUGCGUCGCGGCGCACCGCCCGAGUUUGACGGCGACAAGAAUCCCACGACGGGCGAGGUCGGCGGUCCCAAGAACGAGCCUCUGCGGUGGGGGGGCCGCGGCGACUGGAGCUACAAUGGGCGGGUGACGGAUUUUUAG